AUGUUCGGCAAUCACCCGGAGUCCAUCAAUGCGAGACGUCAUAUCAGGCAAAGUGAAACCGAUGACUGACGUAUUUGCGGCACCCCCAACUACCUUGCUCCUGAGGUCUUCCUACGUGAGGGCCACUCACCAGCCUCGGACCUCUGGGCGGUAGGGGCUACGCUCUGCUUCAUGAUAACCACCUGUCCACCCUUUAUACCGCGCCCUCUAACAGCAAUGGUCCUGCCGAAGGCAACCGCCCCUGAACUGUCUCUUCACCACCAAUCCUCAUCCGGCGGCCCGAACAAGGCUGUGGAUGCGGGCGACGCGGAACACAAGUCCAACUCCGUGCGCGGUAUCUUCAGAGCAGUCCUGUUGGGUGAGUACAAGGUCCCCGUGGACAGGGCAACGGCCGCAGCAGUAACUGUGACCCGGGGACUGUUACGCCGUCUGCCGAAGGAACGCCUCACUCCCAAAGACAUUCUUGGGCUUGAACUGUAGUACCGUGAGGGCUGCAUGCAAAAUGCCUAA